CCUUCCAGUUUGGUGCCGAACCUGGCGGGAAACCUGGGAACAAUCCAUGACACCAACUUCAAAGCCAUUCAGAUUGUGGAGAACGGAACCGCAGAUAUGCAAGCAUCGCUGAAAUGGACUGCGAGCCUACUAAGUCAGGGAUUCUGUGUGCGAAUGAAGGCUUUGCUGCCAGUGCAGACUGAGAAUGGCCUAUGCACGUUGUUGGUGAAUGCAACACGUGGGCACAUUCUGGAGCAAACACUUGUGAUAGAGCCGCCAACACAAAUUCUGAUGGGGGAUCUGAAGAUGUUGGUGGGCAAUAUCGGUCAGCUUGAUGGCGUGGAUCCAGAAAAACCAUUGUGCAGGAUGUUUCUGCUGUUAGGACCACCAAUGGCCAAAGGAUUGGGGGACUUGGAUGAGCUCCUCAAGUCCAUGCCGUCCAGCGUUGAUUUGGCUGACAGCUUUCUAUCUGUCUUGACCGCCUGACUACUGGGAUGUCAAGAAUUGUCAACGUAGAUAGCCUGGAUCUCAUGCCCUAAAGCCUCAAGGCAUUUGGGGCUGAGUUAUGUACAAAAUGACAUCCGCAACUGGCGCAAAGGUUUUCCAGUCUCUGAAGGAGAUGCUUCCCCUUGCGGCCAACUUGCAGUUUCUUCGCACAGCGACAAUUGACAAGAAAA